GCAGUUUUAAAAAAUGUUGAGGAAUGGUCUUACAAAUGGGGUUUUAAAUUCUCAGUGGAGAAAACCAAAUAUAUAUUUUUUACAAAUAAAAGGUCAAGUAUAGAUCUAAAGAUUAAUUUAUACAACAAAGAGAUAGAACAAGUUAAAGUGAUAAGAUUUUUAGGUAUGUGGUUUGAUGAAAAGGUUACAUGGAAUGUACAUAUAAAUAAGAUGGAGGAUAAAUGUAAGAAGAUUUUAAAUGUAAUGAGGUGUAUUUCAGGACGAGAAUGGGGAGCUGAUAGGGUUGCAUUAAAAACAAUUUAUUCAACAAUGAUAAGAACAGUAUUAGAUUAUGGUUGUAUCGCAUAUGGAACAGCAACUAAGUCACAGUUAGGAAAAUUAGAACGAAUUCAAUCACGAGCUUUGAGAAUAUGUUGUGGAGCUUAUCCUUCCUCUCCUGUUUCAGCUUUACAGGUGGAGAUGGGGGAGAUGCCAAUUCACUUAAGAAGGAAACAAUUGAUACUGGCAUACUGGGUAAACCUUAAAGGGCAGAAGGAUAGUCAUCCAACAAAAGUUUCCCCAGAGAAACACUCACUCCACUGUCUAUUCACCGGUCUUUCCACACCGGACACAUUCUCUGGAUCUGUGUUCAGUGGUUUGUGUGUGUAUGACGAUAUAAAGAUCAUUCACUACAGUAAUGAAGAACAAGACUGGAAGAUUAAAAGUCAGAAUGCAGAAAUCCGGGGUCAUUUAAAACUUUAUAAAGACUGGUUUCAGUUUUAUCCUAAAAAUCUUCUAUUGCAGGUUAAUAUUCUGUCAAACUGCACAAACUACAAGUGUUCUGAGCUUCAUUUACUUCAGAGAAGAGCUGGAUGUGAUGUGGAGAAACUUAAUGGAACAAUCAAGUAUCUGACUGUGUUUAAUGAGUAUCAGUAUGAUGGAGAAGAUUUUAUUGCCUUUAAUUUUAACACAACACAGUGGAUCAAUACAAAUCCCAAAGCCAAAGAAACAAAACUGAAGUGGGACAGUCAAACAACACGAAACCAUGUCAUCAAGGAUCAACUCAAGAUCUGCAUGAACUGGAUCUCCACAUUUAAUAAUACUCAAAGAACUCUUCCAGAUGUUGAGGUGUUUGCUGUUGAAUCUCCUCAAGACCAAAACAAGUUGAUUCUGACCUGUCUGGCCACUGGUUUCUACCCCAAACACCUGGAGAUGAAUAUGAUGUUGAACGGCAUUAAACUGGAUCAUAUAAACUCUUCUGGAAUCAGACCAAAUGGUGAUGAAACCUUUCAGCUGAGAAUCAGUGUGGAGAUCCACAGAAAUGAGACAGAGGGUUUUGAGUGUCAUGUCAAUCACAUCAGUGUAAAAGAGCCAGUUAUAUCAGAAUGGGAUGGAAAAUGCAGAAACUGCAGUGAAGCAUCUAGAACAAAUAUUAUAACAAUCAUAGCAGCAGUUACAGUUACAGUGUUCAUGAUCAUGAUUUGUGUUUAUAUCCACAAAAGAAAAAUGUCUAAUGUCCAGUUAAACUGUAAUGAGUCUGACAGAAGAGAGAAAAGUGACUCUGAGAUGACUGAACGACUCAAUGCUGCUGAUUCACCUGAGAAUGAUUCAUCAAACACACUGAAAGAGAUCAUUCAGGUAUCUCCACGUCAGAUUCAUGGACUUUCUGCAAGCAGAGAUAGAAAAUGAUUUUAAUGAAAAGCAGAUUGGACUGUGAUUUUAACUAUUUUGCUGUUUUAUUUGGAUCAUUUCAACAAUAAUUAACAACGAGUCUCAUUCACUAACAGUGUACAUGCAUAUAUUUGUGUGUAAAAUCUCUCGACAAAACAUUUUAAAAAAUACUUCUCGAUUCAUCAAUAAAUUCACAGUAAAUUUACAACGAACUAAAACUACAAAUACAGUGUGCACAAUGAUAGGCCCUGUUUCCUUCUGGUUCUGUCGUGCGUUUCCAAUAAUUCACAGAUCAAAUAUACAGGAUAUAUUUGCUUUUUAAAUUUUCCAAUCUGACGGUUAUUUUCACUUAAAGUCGAACAUAACCAGCAAAGUUUAAACUUGUUUUAGCACAGCGGUUGAUUGACAGGUGAGUGUUGGCGCUUCACUGCUGUCCGGGACGACACACUCAAAUAGUGUUUCACAUUCAAAUGUGAUGUUUGUUUUUGACUUCCUCCAUAUGUGGAUCUAUUGAUCUGAUCACAAAAUGUUUUAGACCACGUUUACACCUGUAUUUAUUGUUGACCAUAUGUGAUCAGUUCCAAUACUCCCGGUGUCCUUAUAAACAUGGAAAAAAGCAAAAAUGAAUCUGUUAAUUAUUAAAUAUGAUCUUAUAUAAAUGACUAACACACUCCUUCAUUUAGAAUAAUCCAGAUUCAUUAACAUCUGCAUGAGGGUAAGAAUAAAUUGGCGUGUACAUCUGUCAUGAAUCCGGCUGAAAUUAGCAUGAGAACUUUUUCUGCUCUCAUAAUUACUCAAAAUCCACAUAAUUAUUAGUGAAUGAGACCCAAAGUUUGUUUGAUCAGUCCAGAUUAUAAGCUAUCAUGAGUUAUUUCAUACUUUACAUUCAAAUGUUCAAACUGCUUCAAACUUUAUUUCUCACAACAAUUUUAAGUAGGGAUGUCCCGAGACCAAUACAGAGUCUGAUACAGUCUCUCCAUAUCAACAGUUUAUUUCAAUUUCACCAUAAAAAUGGUGUGAAUUAUUAUAUUAUAUUAAUAUGACAUAUCUUUACAGUAGUGAUAUAUUUCUGUCAUUUAUUUCUUAUAAAUGUGGGUUUUAUUUUAACAGUGUUUUUAUUUUGAAGUGUUUCUGUUGGUUUGAUUAAGACGCUCUGAUGUUAAGACGGCAGAUUCACACUCUGGAAAAGUCGGUCGCUACGUGACUCAAAGUGAUUAUUAAACCAGAAAAGACAGUUAUUUAAUUAGAAUAAUUUGACUGACCAAGAAAAAGUGAUCGAUGUAUGUUUGUAUUUUCAGUUCUUGUAUUAACAGAUUUAAUCUUGACUUCUCAAUCACAUACUUUAUUUUCAUUUGCACUGUUAAAACUUUUAGCAUUAGUUGUUAUUCUAAAGUCUUUUUGACAGGUUUUACACUGCACAGUUUAUAUAAAAAUAUUUAUCUCUCUGUUAUGUCCCUAUGUAUGUAUGUGUAUGCAUGCUUGUUUUUUCUUUCUCUGUUUCCCUCUUUCACGCUCUCUGAUUAGGUUGUUCUUAUUGGUUCUCUGAGCUGCCAAUCUUCAUUUCCUCGAUGACAUCAUCUCCACUCUCCACCAAUGGAUAGCACUUCCUUUAGCUGCUAUUACAUUUACAGUUAUAAUAUUGCUGUUAAACAGAUUCUCCUUUUAUGUGAAUUAUAUUAAUUUAUGAAAAAUUAAGAGUUUUGCAAAUACAGAUUUAUUCUGGACACAAACUGUAGGGAAAUAAUAUAUUUGAUUUGUUCUUAUAAUGCUUAAAACCUCUACUAAAGUCUCGUUGUAGCUGAUUUUGACUAGAAUAUUCCCAUUGCAUUUAAACACGUGACCAGCAGAUGUCCUCCACGUGCAGUGUUUCAAACCCUUCAUUUUAAAUAUGCUUCAAUAAGUUUCAAUAUGAUUCAUUUCUCCCAACACUGACAGUCCUUAAUUAUUCACUAUCAAACAUGUAAAUGCAUUGUUUCAUUGAGUCAUUACAUAAGCAGAUCUUAGUUCAGUCAAAUAUCAUAAUGCCCAACAAUAAUAAGGUUAGAUGAAUAAUGAGGUUCAUUUCUGUAUAUUUGAAUGUACUUCACAUAAUUCUUUAAUUGCCCAUGUUUUAGAUGCUUUUGUGUGUUGUUUUAAUCUCAAUCAUAAAAAACAAAUAAUCUGAA